GUGCCUUCUCCACUCAGUCUUCUUCAGUCACUCUGGUGUGAAAAAGGUUUAGUUUUUCAGACUUCUGCGUAUUGCUCCCCACUACCCUUACCUUAUCUGAGGAAGAAGAAAGCGACUGGAACCUCCAUUCAACUCCUCAGUCGACUCCCCUGAGCCACAAAAGUUCACUUCUUUCUGUAGCUGUUAUCGGUUUUCUGGUUUCAAAGCUGCAUCUAGUUGGGUAUAUGUGAAGGUAGACUGUGAUGGGCUGCUGUCAGUCCAAAACCGCCCAUCUUCCUUCCCCUGAUCAAGAGCCUCCGCCACCUGAAACAAACCCAGAUCUAGAUGGGAACGGGGAGCAGUCGGUGCCGGGGUUCAAGGAGUUCCAGUUGGCGGAGCUAAGAGCGGCGACCAAUGGGUUCAGCAGCGACCUCAUUGUGUCCGAGAGUGGAGAGAAGGCUCCCAAUGUGGUGUACAGAGGGAAGCUGAAAAACAACCGUCUUGUCGCCAUCAAGCGGUUCUCCAGACAGUCCUGGCCGGACCCCAACCAGUUUCUGUCGGAGGCCGUCGGAGUUGGGAAAGUCCGGCACAAGAGAUUGGUCAAUUUGAUCGGUUGUUGCGCCGAGGGAGACGAGCGGUUGUUGGUCGCCGAGUAUAUGCCUAAUGAUACCCUCUCCAAGCAUCUGUUUCACUGGGAAAAACAGCCAUUGCCAUGGGAAAUGCGCAUCAGACUUGCGUACUAUAUUGCACAAGCACUUGAUCAUUGCAAUAUACAGAACCGCAAAAUCUAUUAUGAUUUAAAUGCAUACAGAGUCCUUUUCGAUGAGGAUGGUGACCCACGAUUGUCUAGUUUUGGACUAAUGAAGAAUAGCAGAGAUGGAAAGAGUUAUAGUACUAAUUUGGCUUACACUCCACCCGAGUUUUUGCGGACAGGUAGGGUCAUCCCAGAGAGUGUGAUUUACAGUUAUGGAACUGUUCUUCUGGACCUUCUGAGUGGAAAGCAUAUCCCUCCCAGUCAUGCACUGGAUUUGAUAAAGGGAAAGAAUUUGUUGUUGUUAAUGGAUUCUUCCUUAGAAGGACAAUAUGCCAAUGAAGAUGCCUCUGAGUUGGUUGAACUGGCUUCAAAAUGUCUUCAGAAUGAAUCUAGAGAUCGACCACAUAUCAAGUUUCUCAUGUCCACUGUGGCACCCCUUCAGAAGCAGAAAGAGGUUACAUCACUUGUUCUGAUGGGUCUCUCGAAAACUCCAGUGGUGCUGCCCACCAUGCUCUCUCCACUUGGUAAGGCAUGUGCAAGGAUGGACCUAACUGCAGUACACGAUAUCUUGCUAAAAACUGGUUAUAAAGAUGAAGAGGGUGCAGAAAAUGAGCUUUCAUUUCAAGAGUGGACACAACAAGUUCAAGAUAUGUUGAAUACGAAGAAAUUUGGAGAUAUUGCAUUUAGGGACAAGGAUUUUAAGAAUGCCAUUGAUUAUUACUCAAAGUUGGUGUCAAUGAUGUCCGUUCCUUCUGGCACUGUAUCUGUGAGACGCGCCCUUUCAUACUUGAUGAUCGGUCAACCAGAACUGGCGUUGAGGGAUGCCAUGCAAGCUCAGGUGUGCUUGCCUGAGUGGCCUACUGCAUUCUACAUGCAAGCUCUUGCCCUCUCAAAGCUCGGAAUGGAAACUGAUGCUCAGGACAUGCUGAAUGAUGGUGCCUCCUUCGAGGCAAAGAGGCAGAAUGGCUGGCGUAUCUAGACGAUUAUUUACUGUUAGGCACUAACAAUCUCUCUGGAUUGGUAUGUAGAUUAUUUGCUUGUUUCUACUGCGGUACUGAUGAGAUCUUGGAGGAAAGUUCUGGAAGUGGAAGCAAACUGCUGUUUGUAUGAGAUUGUGUGCCCUUUUGUGUUUGUAGGGGAACAGUUUUCAUACAGAGAAAUGUAUAAAGAAAAUUAAUCAAGAAAUAAAUAGGGAGGAAGUAACUAACUGGACAAGAUUAUGAUUUUGGAAAUGAUUAAUGGCGUUCCAGGCUACUCUAUACCUCGACCGUGUUUAAGUUUGGUGUAAUACUAGUAGACUAUUCUGACGAAUUGAAAAUGUUAUAGUUACAAUCAUAAGUUUAUAAUAUGACAUAUUUGUAAUGAAUUUUUUAUAUUUAA